AUGUUUUGCGAGUUACCACAAUUUACAAGAUGCUGCUUCUGCAUGCCCUUGAGAAGGGGUGUUUUGACUUUUGGAUAUUUAAACAUAAUCUUCUCCAUGUUUAUGUUAGGGCUUUACAGUUACUCGGUUCACAAAGGUUUUGGAGUUGAGCUGGUAUACCACGGCGUGUCGACGUCGGCGGAGGCGGAGUUAUGCAUUGCUAUAUACUGUGUUGAUAUCCUGUUCAACGUGUUAAUGGUGUAUGGAGCUCAUAAGCAAAUCGAAUCUUUUCUAAAGAUUUUCUACUAUUACACACUCUCUAUAACCGUUGCGGUGGGGAUAAUAGAAAUUGUAACUAUAAUAGACAUGGGAUUCUUCUUCCAGAUAGAGAUGAUCACUUUCUUCUUAGUAGGAUUAUGCCUCCAUCUUUACCUACUGUUUUUAGUGCGAAGUCUUCUGCAAAAGAUGGACGAUUCAGGACGCGCCUACGAGAAUCAACUCCACCAGUUUUUUAACGGAGAGUUAAAACUUGGAGGGGGUGGAAUAUAUCCCAGCACCGUUAUACCUGUUGAACGUGUA